AAGAGGAAAACAGCAUGAUGGGAAAAGGAUGACGCGACAGAGGGAAAGAAACAUGGAUGAUCCAAACAAACGAAAAAGGAAGACUUAAUAAAGUAAGGGGGAUGAGGAGUGGAGGUAGGUGUUAAAACCCAAUUAUGCUUCUACUAUAGAGGCAGGUGCAGUAGCAGGAGGAGAGCUUCCUUCUUUGUCAGGAUCUGAGCUUCUUUGUUUCUGCAUUUUGGGGUGUGCUGUUCAUGGUGGUGGUAUCAGCAUGAGUUUCAUUUACUGAUGAAAUAAAUAUUGAUGGCCAAUUCAAAUAGAUCAAGAUCUAUGGUCUCUGCUGCCGUUCUGAGCAUCUGAACAUAAGGAAACACCUGAAGGAGGUUCAAAUUUGAACAUGCUUCAACCCAUUAUGAACCAACAAAAUCGAAGCUCCUGGGAUGGUCCUGUUGUUAUACUUUGGGAUAUUGAAAACUGCCGUGUCCCAAGUGUGGUUCACCCUGAAGAUGUAGCUGGCAAUAUAAGAAUGGCUUUGCAGGGGCAUCCUUGGAUUAAAGGGGCUGUUAAGAUGUUCUCUGCUUAUGGGGACUUUAAUACCUUUCCCAAGCGUCUUAGAGAGGGUUGCCAGAGAACUGGUGUUAAACUCAUUGAUGUUCCAAAUGGAAGGAAGGAUGCCGCUGACAAGGCUAUCUUGAUUGACAUGUUUUUGUUUGCUCUUGACAACCCUCCACCAUCCUCCAUCCUGCUGAUUUCAGGGGAUGUAGAUUUUGCUCCAGCUCUUCACAUACUUGGUGAGCGUGGGUAUAUGGUCAUUCUUGUUAUUCCUUCUGACAGGGGUGUUUCUUCUGCCCUGUGCAAUGCUGGUAAGUGUGUCUGGGACUGGCCUAGUUUGGCUUGUGGGGAAGGAUUUGUUCAACGAGCAAAAGAUUUGAAGUAUCUUCGUGGAGGACCAACUGAGCUUGAUGGGUUUUUGAUGGGGUGCCAUACCAAUGACAAUCUAGAUAUUCAGAAUGAGGAAGAAUCAAUAGUCUAUGGGGACAUUUCACUAAGCUAUUACAACCCAAGGGAUUUCUCAAUAAUGUCACAAUCUUUAUCUGAGUAUACGAGUAAUCCUUCUACUACUGGUCCUACCUCCCCUGCAACUCUAAGAUCACACAUUCUGCCAUCCAGGUUGAUUGAAGCGUCAGGAUGUCCUGUCUCUUACAAUGACAAUGAUACCAGGUGUGUGCAGCCUGGCGACGUAAAUUGUCUGAAAGGACAGUUGGUGAAGUUGCUUGAAUCAUCCGGAGGCGGUCUGCCCUUUAGCCGUGUACAUGCCGAGUAUCAGAAAAUGUUUGGAAGGCCACUUCAUUGCAAGGAUUAUGGAAAAUCCAAGCUUGUUGGUCUCUUCAGGAAAAUGGGUGACGCAAUGAUGAUUGAUGGAAAAGGCCAAAAGAAAUUUGUCUACCUUCGGAACUGGAAAGCCAGCCCAAAUGUAUCUCCUGUUCUGGAAAGCAAGGAGAAGAAAGGAGAGGGGACUCAGGAGAAAAACAUGGAUUUUGCCCCUGGUGGAGGCUCUUUUUAUGACUACUCUGAUGAGGAAGGGAUAGCAGUUGAAGAACAGGAUGAUAGAAGGAACCCAAAGAGGAUUAAUUUGGCAAAAGCAGCUUACAAGCAGCUAACGAGCGUCUUCUUACAAGCAAGGAAAAGAGAGUUUAGGAGGAAAACAUUGAUUUUGCCCCUGGUGGUGGCUCUUUUGAUGACUGCGACGACGAGGAAAAGAUGGUGGAGGAACUUGGGAGGAUUAAUUUCCUUCAGAAAAAACUGAAAAGUAGCCUGAUGCAGAGUUGCAUAUAUGUGUUUGUGUGUGUAUAGUAAUAUACAUAUACGUGUGUAUCAUCAGCGAAACUGAAAUAUAUAUAUAUAUAGAGAGAGAGAGAGAGAGAGGAAAAUUAACCAAAAACAAUGUU